AUGACACACCAAACCCACGCCUAUCACAUAGUAAACCCAAGUCCCUGACCCCUCACAGGAGCACUAUCUGCCCUCCUAAUAACAUCCGGCCUCAUCAUGUGAUUUCACUUCAAUUCAACAGCUCUACUGACCCUAGGCCUAACAACAAACAUACUUACAAUAUACCAAUGAUGACGAGAUGUAAUCCGAGAAAGUACCUUUCAAGGUCACCAUACUCCUGCUGUCCAAAAAAGCCUUCGCUACGGAAUAAUCCUCUUCAUCGUCUCCGAAGUCCUAUUCUUCACCGGCUUCUUCUGAGCCUUCUAUCACUCAAGCCUUGCUCCUACACCCGAAUUAGGCAGCUGCUGACCCCCAACAGGCAUUCACCCACUUAACCCCUUAGAAGUCCCACUACUCAACACCUCUGUCCUUCUAGCCUCAGGAGUCUCCAUUACCUGAGCCCACCACAGCCUCAUAGAAGGGAACCGUAACCACAUGCUACAAGCCUUAUUCAUCACCAUUACGUUAGGCGUAUACUUUACACUUCUACAAGCAUCAGAAUACUAUGAAGCACCCUUUACAAUCUCAGACGGAAUUUACGGCUCAACUUUCUUCGUAGCUACAGGAUUCCACGGCCUCCAUGUCAUUAUUGGAUCUACUUUCUUAAUUGUCUGCUUCCUCCGCCAACUAAAAUUUCACUUUACCUCCAAUCACCAUUUCGGCUUCGAAGCCGCUGCCUGAUAUUGACACUUCGUAGACGUAGUAUGACUUUUCCUCUAUGUUUCCAUCUACUGAUGAGGCUCAU